GAAACCAAAUUACAAGUCCCCUCGGCUCUGCUCUAGUCUCUCGGCGUGUGCAGUGCGGCAUAGAUAGUUAGGGCUCACCUGCAUUUGAAAUUUCAAUGGCUGAGGAAGAGAACAAUGACAUAGUCACGUAUAUAGUGAAAAUCAAAGUCAUACUCACCGUCCCGGACCCAGAUGAACCCAUUCCUGAUCAUGAUCAUCGAGAAACACAACCCACUGCCAAUGUUGGCGCGGAAAUGGUACCGUUGGAGGAUGGUGAUGUGGCACAAGCUAUCGGUGUUGGAGCUGAAACGGCGUCGUUGAAGGACGAUGAACGUGAUGACGUGGUGGAAGUAGCUGAAGAAUCUGUUCCUGAUCGAGGAAAACAAGACAUGGAUGUUGGACCCAAAACGGUGGUGUUGUUGUCGACGGACGAUGAUGGUUCUGUUGAAGCUGAUAGCAUGGCAGCUAAGGAUUCUGAUGAAAACAAUGCUGCACAAGAGGGUGAAGAAAAUGUCAUGAAAGAGAAGAAGAGAGCUGGUAGAAAAAGAAGAAAGACAGUUUAUAGUUUGGAAGAGGGUGAGGAAAAUGAACUUGUCAGCGAAAACAAUUGGGAAGGUGCUGACGUGGAAGAAGGAGGUUUUUCUUCUGGUUGUGUGAGAAAGAGGGAAAGGCCUAGGAAGAUUAAAUCGUUGAAGGAAGAUUACAUUUCAGAUUUGGAGGAGGAUGUGAAGAAGAGGUGGAAACGUGGUAGGAAGAAGAAGGUCAUAAUCGAGGUUUCUGAUGAGAAUGAUGAAGCUGAACGAGAGGAGGAGAAUGCAAAGACAGAGAAGAAGAAACCUGGUAGAAAAAGUAAGGUAAGUUAUAGUUCUGAAGAAAAUGACGAAGAUGAACAAGAGGGAGAUAAUGGUAAAAAAGUUAAGAUUGAUGAGAAUGAACUGAUCAGUGAAAAGAAUUUGGAAAGUAAUGUUUUAUCUGAUGAUAAUAAAGGUUAUUCUUUAAGGACCUUUAAAAAAGUGAAAGCUAAAAGCAUUGAACAGCUGAAGCAAAAAAUUAACAAACGGAAUCCUAAGUGGAUUGCAGAGGAGUCCUUAAUGUGCCAUCAAUGUCAGAGAAAUGACAAGGGCAGGGUUGUCAGAUGCACAAAAUGCAAACGGAAAAGAUUUUGCAUACCUUGUUUAAACAAUUGGUAUCCUCACUUGAAAGAGGAGGAAGUUGCCGAGGCAUGUCCGGUGUGCUGUGGUAAUUGCAAUUGCAAAGCAUGCUUGCGAUCAUGUGCACUUAUCAAAGAAAUUAAAACGAAGACAGAAACCAACAACAACCAUGAGUUCGAGCUCUCCAAGUAUAUGGUGAAAGAACUUCUUCCAUAUUUAAGACGAUUGGAUGAAGAACAAAUGGUCGAGAAGGAGAUAGAAGCAAAGAGACAAGGGCUCUCACAUUCUAAGCUAAAAGUAAAAGUCGCAGAUUACCCUAAAAAUAAGCGUGUGUACUGUGACAACUGCAAAACAUCAAUAUUUGACUACCACAGAAGCUGUACAGAAUGCUCUUUUAACAUUUGUCUUCUUUGUUGUUGUGAGCUUCGUUGUGGGAAGCUUCUAGGUGGUACAGAUCCAAUUGAGUUUGAGUUUAUCUUCCGAGGCCGUGAUUAUCUUCAUGGUGGAAAAGAAGAGAGGGUAAAAAAAAAUAAACCUCAUUCUGCUGCCCAGCCUGAGAUUUGUGAGUGGUCAAGAUUCGGGUGGCAUGCAGAUAGUGAUGGUAGCAUUCCCUGUCCAAAAGCCGAUGAUGAUUGUGGUCAUGGUUUCCUCGAACUGAGAAGCAUACUUCCACCAAAUUGCAUCUCUGAGUUAGUAUGUAAAGCGAAAGAACUCGAAGAAACAGUUAGGCUUCAAGAUGCAGAGGAGACAUUUGAUAGUACGUGUUCUUGUUUGAAGCCUGUUAGGAAUGCAACUGAUAUACACAAUAACACAAGGAAGGCAGCUUCCCGUGAAGAUUCCAGUGACAACUUCUUGUAUUCCCCCAGAGCUUUAAAUCUACUACGUCAUGAGGAUUUAAGACAUUUUCAAUGGCACUGGAGCAAAGGGGAGCCUGUAAUUAUCAGCAAUGUACUUGAAUGUACAACUGGUUUAAGCUGGGAACCGCUUGUCAUGUGGCGUGCAUUCCGUCAGAUAAGAAAUACCCAGCACAAAACACUUUUGGAUGUGGAGGCAAUUGAUUGCUUAGAUUGGUGUGAGGGAAAUAUUAAUGUGCACCAAUUCUUUACUGGGUACACAAAUGGUCGCCCAGAUUGGCUUAAUUGGCCUCAGGUUUUGAAAUUGAAAGAUUGGCCUCCUUCUAAUUUAUUUAGGGAAAGUUUGCCUCGUCAUUGUGCUGAGUUCAUAUCUUCCUUGCCGUAUAAAGAAUAUACAGAUCCUUUCAAAGGCAUUCUUAACCUUGCUGUGAAGUUGCCUGAAAAUGUUCUAAAGCCAGACAUGGGCCCAAAAACAUAUAUUGCUUAUGGAUUUGCUCAGGAGCUUGGACGUGGUGAUUCUGUGACUAAGCUCCACUGUAAUAUGUCUGAUGCAGUAAAUGUGUUGACUCAUAUUGCUGAAGUGAAAUUGAAAUCUGAGGGCAUUGCUGCCAUUGAGAAACUGACACAAAAGCACCUUGAGCAAGACAAGAGGGAGCUACAUGGUGAUAAUCAAGAUGGAGAGACCAACGUUGACAUGUUUGAUAAUUCAUCUUCUUCCAUAAAUGUUUCAGACGAGCAAAAUAGUGUUCGAGUUAUGGAAAAUGGGGGUGAUUCUUUAGAUGGUGCUCUUUGGGAUAUUUUUCGGAGAGAGGAUGUACCUGAAUUGGAGGAAUAUUUAAAGAAGCAUUUCAAAGAGUUCAGGCAUGUCCAUUGCUCUCCUUUAAAGCAGGUUAUUCAUCCCAUCCAUGACCAGACCUUUUAUCUGACUCGAGAGCAUAAGAGGAAACUUAAGGAGGAGUAUGGAAUCGAGCCUUGGACUUUUAUUCAGAAGCUAGGAGAUGCUGUUUUCAUUCCUGCCGGUUGUCCUCACCAAGUCAGAAAUCUAAAGUCAUGCAUCAAGGUCGGACUUGAUUUUGUCUCACCUGAAAAUGUUGGCGAGUGCUUCCGUUUGACUGAGGAAUUCCGUAAGCUUCCGAUAAACCACAGAUCCACCAAGGACAGCUUGGAGGUGAAGAAAAUGACUAUAUAUGCUAUGCUUGAUGUGGUUAACAAAUUGGAGAAAACAAAGGUUUGGAGAAACCAAUGAUCCAGUGUAAACAUAUGUUAGAAAUCCAACUGGGAAUGUACAUUUUUUUAGUUAGUUGAUUACGUUCGGUAAUCUCAUGUUCUUUUUAGCAACUGUAGGAAUGGUUCCAUAUUGUAUUUUAUCUGGCGCACCUUGAUUUGGGACAUCUGAAACAUUAUUUACCGACUUGUUUUGUAAUGCUGUGUAUUUAAGUGUCCCUAACUCGUAUACCUAGAUGCUAGUUCAUGCUCACAUCAAAUUCUUGGUUUGAUUCAAGUUUACCGGCAGAUGCGAUUAAUUUCCGAAUGCAUGAUGAUGAGAUUCUAUGUUGCCCUUAAAUUUAAUGCAGCAUGUUUUGCAAAA